AUGGGGCAGAAGCAUCUUUUGUUGCUUGCUUGUUUCUGGGUCCUGUCAUGUUCCUUGCUACUUCAUGCUUCCUCCGAUGGACUGUUAAGAAUCAACCUGAAUAAGAAGAAACUGGACAAGGAAGCUUUGACUGCUGCAAAAUUUGCGAAGAAGGAGAGCCGCCUUCGAAGGUCUAUGAGUGCUGGCCAGUAUCUUGGUGCCUCAACUGAUGACAUAGUUCCUUUGGACAACUACCUGGACACUCAGUACUUUGGAGAGAUUGGCAUUGGCACGCCAUCACAGAACUUCACGGUGAUAUUUGACACUGGAAGCUCCAACUUGUGGGUUCCCUCAUCCAAGUGCUACUUUUCGAUAGCAUGCUACUUACACCACAGAUACAAGUCAACCAAGUCGAAGACUUACAAAAAGAAUGGAGAAUCUUGUACAAUCACAUAUGGUUCCGGGCAAAUCGCUGGCUUCUUCAGUGAGGACAACGUGUUGGUUGGUAACCUUGUAGUGCAAAAUCAGAAAUUUAUUGAGACGACUCGUGAAACCAGCCCUACUUUCAUCAUUGGGAAGUUUGAUGGAAUUCUUGGCCUCGGAUUUCCUGAAAUUUCUGUGGGAGAAGCCCCUCCAAUUUGGCAGAGCAUGAAAGAGCAGAAACUGGUCGCAAAGGAUGUCUUCUCUUUCUGGCUUAAUCGUGACCCUGAUGCAUCUGCUGGAGGCGAGCUUGUCUUUGGUGGCUACUGGCAGUUUGACAUGGGAGAUCUUCUUAUUGGUGGCCACUCGACUGGUUACUGUGCUGGUGGUUGUGCUGCUAUUGUGGACUCAGGGACUUCAUUGCUGGCUGGUCCAACUACCAUAGUGGCUCAAGUCAAUCAUGCAAUUGGUGCUGAGGGGAUCAUCAGUACAGAAUGCAAAGAAGUGGUGAGAGAGUAUGGAGAGAUGAUCCUUGAGUUACUCAUAGCAGAGACAAGCCCACAGAAAGUGUGCACUCAGAUUGGUCUCUGUGUAUUUGAUGGUGCCCAUUCUGUCAGCAACCCAAUUGAAUCUGUUGUUGAGAAACAAAAUCUUGGUUCUGAUCUUUUCUGUACUGCUUGUGAGAUGGCUGUUGUCUGGAUACAGAACCAACUCCGAGAAAACAAGACAAAAGAGCUCAUUUUGAAUUAUGCUAAUCAGCUCUGUGAGCGUCUCCCUAGCCCCAAUGGCGAAUCAACUGUUGAUUGCGAUCAGAUCUCAAAGAUGCCAAAUCUUGCAUUCACCAUAGCAAACAAGACUUUCACCUUAACACCAGAGCAGUACAUAGUGAAGCUGGAGCAAGCAGGACAAACCAUCUGCAUCAGCGGGUUUAUGGCAUAUGACGUACCACCUCCUCGUGGUCCUCUCUGGAUACUUGGUGAUGUUUUCAUGGGCGCCUACCACACUGUUUUUGACUUCGGCGAGAACAGGAUUGGGUUUGCCAAAUCUGCCUGA